AUGGCUGAGGGAGGAGUGAUGGACCGCCUUCGAGCCCUCUGUCUCGCACCGGCCGUCGCGGCGACUCUCGCGCGUCGCCUGCAGGGAAAGAGUUACGGCGACACGGCAGCCAUGGCGGCAGGCAGCAGUAGCAGCGGAACCAGAGUAACGGUUGUUUGGGACAACAAUGCCGACAGUGGCUUUAACUCUCUGUUUGCGGGGCCGCCGAAGGUUGGACGUCUGGCGGGAGUGUCAUCCGAGAUGCUCGCUGACGUGGCGGUGGGGGAGACGCUAGAUGAAUCGCUGAAAGCGAGAUUGACGGCCGAGAUUGAGGUGGCUGUCUCAGAGUGCAAGGAGAACGAACCGAGCGAAACCGACGCUAUCAGCAGCAGUGGAGGCAGUGGCGAGUCUGUUCGCCUGAUGCUGUCUGCAGCAGCUGCUGCAGAGGUGAUUUCGGCAAGUGGCAGUGGCGAGACCAACGGCCGCGUGAUUCUGGUACGCUCACAACAUGUUCAGCGACUGUCAACGUUUUCAGCAUUUUCAGCAACCUGA